AUGAGCAAUCCUAAAUUCUUGUUAUAGUUUGCCAUAAGAUAAGCAAGACAUUAAGAAGAUAGGAGGAUAGAGAUAGAGGCUAUGAAUAAUGUAGAAAAAGUAAUUUAAGAGUUUGAGAACAGUGAGUAAAAUUAUAAAAUAAGUAGUGUAUGGAAAACGAAGCCUUUAAAGAUAAUUCAAAAUAUAGCAAUAUUUAUUACAAAUAUGAAGCAUUUUUCAACUUCUUAUAGAUUUAAGAUUUUGAACAAGGAUAUUUUUCAUCUAAUAAGGGAUAAAACGAGCUCAUUUUAAUAUUAUCUGUAUAGUCGAUUGUUAGAAAAAAUGCCUACAAAGGUAUAAAAGAUUUUGAUAAGAAAUAGAUUGGUUAAAUGAAGUAUGAAGGGAAAUAAACAAAUGCAAUUUGGUGGAGAAUAUGGUCAUUUCUUAAAAGUAAUCAAACUGUUUUAUUACCUGCUGACAAAUUUUUAUUUAUUUGGGAUGUCAUCUUAAUGUUUGUGACUAUUGUGAAUAUUCUGUAUGUUCCCUUAUAGUUAUCCUUUGAUUUAAACAAAGAAGAGAUAGGAAAUGCAUACUUAUUAUUUAGUACACUUCCGAGUUGCAUUUUUUUGGUUGAAUUAGUUUUGAAUUUUUUUAAAGGUUAUUAUGCUAGAGGAAUAUUGCAUACAUCAAAAAAGGACAUAUUUUGGCAUUAUGUAAAGGGAGAAUUUAUUGUUGAUCUUACAGUUGUGUUACCCUUUAUAUUUUAAUGGUGUGGGUACUAAUUUGCAAAUUAUUUAAUGUUGAUAAGAAUGACUAAAGUAAGAAGAACAAUGAUAGUAAUAGAGGAGAUUUCGAAUUUCAAAGAAAAAACAGCAGUUAUAUAUUCUUUAUUUUGUUUGAUUUAUUCUCUUUUACUAAUUUCUCAUUUUUGUGCAUGUUUAUUUCAUUAUUUUGCAAUUCUUGAAGUUGAUUAUGGAUAUUCACAUACUUGGCUACAUUAAUAAGGAAUAUUUGAAUCAGAGGCAUAUGUAAAAUACUUUACUUCAUUGUAUUGGGUAACAAUAACAUCAAUGACUGUUGGAUAUGGAGAUAUAGUACCUGUAACAACUCCUGAAAAAAUUUUAGUCACUUUUCUAACAUUUUUAGUAGUAGGUACAUUUGGAUAUGCUUUAGGAAUGAUUUAAAGUAUAUUCUAUAAAUUAGCUGAAUAAUAAAAUAUAAACAAUUCUAAACUUAGACUUGUUAGCAACCAUAUAAAAUAAAGAGGAUUAAAUACUCAAUUACAAUUUAGAGUUCGAAAAUAUAUUGAAUAUUAUUUGUAAUUUAAAUAGGAAGAGGAAUUAGAUUUAGAUGAAUUGAUGGGAUAGUUGAAUCCAAAUUUAAAAUAAGAAGUUUAAAUAGCAAUGUAUUAUAGUUAUUUUAAGAAUUCAAAAUUAUUAGGUUCAAAGUUAUCAGAUGAAAUAAUAAAAAAACUAUGUUUUUGUGUUCAUGAAAGAACUUAUGCUCCUGAAGAAUUUAUUAUAAAGAAAGAUGAUCACCCCGAUAAAUUAUAUAUUGUAUUAUCAGGAAGAAUAAAAUCAGUAUUAUUAGAUAGGACAAUUAAAAAAUAUAUAAGUAGUAAACUUGUUUGUGAGAGAGAAUUCUUUUUUUAAGAAUAUAUGUAAUUUGAUAUGGUGGCUGAUACAUUUGUAUAAGUAGCAUAUAUAAAUAAAACUGAUUUCUUAAAUAUUUUAUAGAAAGAUAAUAGAUAAUAUGAAAAGUAUAAAUUAAUUUUAGAUUAAACUUAAUUUGGGGAUAAUAACAAUUAGAUAAUUUGUGAAGCAUGUUCUAGUCAUCACUAAUUCAAGCAUUGUCCUUUAGUUUUUUUAAGAAAAAACAAGAAUAAAGUGAUUUCAAUAUACAAUAGUAGUAUUGAUCAUUAGAGACAACAAUAUAUGAGAUAAAAAAAGAAGAAAAGAUUUAGUUCUUAAUUAAUUAAAGAAUGUGCUUUAGAUUAAAUUCUGGAUUAGAAUAAAUCUCUUGCUACUAUUGAUAGUAAACUUCUCAUAAGAUUAGGAAUAUAAAGAAGUGAUGAAGAUGAAGCUUCAUAUCCUGAUUAGACUAUGGUGUUAUAACCUUUUUUAAAUUAGCAAGAAUAAAUAAUCUUGUUGAAGAAUAGAAGGAUGGGAUCAGUGAGUCGUAGAAGUUUACUUAUACCAAAUUCUAUAUGCAACAAUCUCUAAGAUUAUAUAGAAGAAAAUCAAACUUAAAUAUUCAAGGAAGAAAUAAAUAUUGAUAAAGUAGAGGAAUUUGACUACUAUUACCCUCAUCAUAAUAUAACUAAGGUUUCUAAAUUAAUUAAUAAUUAUAAUAUCUAUUCCAGAGUCUUAGAUAAAAUAAGAGGACAUAAAAAUAGAUUUGCUUAAUACAUUGCUAGAUAAAUUAUGUAUAAAAUUUUAUGA